AGUCUCCUUAAUCAAGCAGAUACCAUGAAAACCAUCAGCUUUUUCCUUCUCUUCUUCUAUUGUGUUGGGACAUUUGGAUCUGAAACAAAGGAGGGUUCCUGCCCUACUGUAAAACCCGGAAGCGCUGGAACAUGCGUUAAUAUGUGUGACCAGGACAGCAAUUGUGAAGGAAAUUUGAAAUGUUGUAGUAAUGGUUGUGGAACAACUUGUCAAGCACCAAACUCUAUUCUACCAGACAAAAAGUCAGGUCUCUGCCCCAGCAUAAAACCCGAAUCCGUUGGCAUAUGCGCUAUGAUGUGCUCUUAUGACAGACAAUGUGAAGGAGAGCUGAAAUGUUGUCGUAAUGGUUGUGGUGGGACAGAAUGUGUACCGCCUAUAUUCGUUUCCUGAAAGGGCUGGAUCUACAAAAUGUUUAAUUGAGAAAACAUUGGCAAAGAUUUAUCAGCUAAGAAAGCUCUACUGCAGCAAAUUAAAUCAUCUCUAUAUCUCUAGGUUCUUCAGGAAAAUCAGUUAUUCUUAUGUCAAUUUAACCAACUGUUUUACUUGUUAAAUAGUCUUUUUAUUUUCCAAAAGUAUAAUAAAUUCUAAACAUUUUCAGUA